AUGACCUCUAAUCAAAAGGAAAAUGCUCAAUAUUUAUGGUCAUUUCUCUUGAGUCUUGGACUUCAACCUGAUGUUGUUGGAAAGAAACGUCAUGUCGUCCUCGGAGAGACUAUGUUUGACAAGCCCAAUAAGGAUGCCUUUUACAUCGUCACUUACUUCCUUCUGGAGAAACUCAAUCCAUCACGUAUGCAUGAAGAAUUCAGACAUUGCUGGCCAGUGUUGGAUCGCAAGCAGGACACUGAGUUCAGGAAACUCACUCUGGUUCUGCUUCAGGAGAUUACGAAUCAGUCUGGGGGCUCCUUCCCCAAAGUGCUGGCCUCCCACCUGCUCUCCCCCAGCGGGCCGAAGUUCAUCCACAUCAUGCUGAGCCUGGCCAGGCACGUCAUGCUGAAGGAGAUCAAGGCCUUCCACACAGAUGGCUUAUGGGUCCCGAAAGCCGUUGCGAUGCCUCCGAGCUGUUUGGAGAUGGCAGAGAAACGCUUCCAGGUCGCAAGGUCAUCCCACCUUGCGGCAGUCAUGACUCGGGACCACCUCAAUCGGGAGCGCCAGCACAGAGUCAAGUCCUGGGAGAAAUCCGUACGAGAUCUCAUGGCAGAGAAAGCCAAAUACGAGGAAUUACUUGCAAGCCAGGAAGGCAUUGUUGAGCAGGAUGGCAGUCUGUCCCAGGAGAAGGUUCAGAGGGCGCGGUGUCUGUGGGUAGAGGUGGACACGGUGCUGUCCUCUCUGAGGGAGAAGCAGAGGAUCAUGGACCUUGUAGUUCGUGGCGAUGUGGACAAGUACACGCUGGACGGAGACAGCAUGAAGCUGAAGGUUCCCUCUGUCCUCCAAGAGAGGAUGGAGAAGAUGGCUGAGCAGAGCCACAAUAGCCAGUGUGACUCUGGUCAGCCCUCGCUGAUCCAUCUGCUGAAGCUGUUCAAUGAGGCACUGGACAUCGUCAAUGAGGAGAGGGUCCGCGCUGUGGGCCCUGCGGCGGAGCUGCGUGCUGAGGCUCAGUCAGACGUCCCCACGGCGGAGGUUGAUGGGGAAGCCCUUCGGCAACACAUGAUUCGGAUAGGCCAAGCCCAGGAGGAUCUGACAAAGUUGAGGACCAGAAUGACCAGCGAGGACAUUCCUCAGACAAAGAGCGCCAUCAGGAACGCGGAGGCAAACUGGGACAGGAAGUGGACUGAGCUUUUAAAGAACAGUGUCCUAGCCUCAGUCAUGAGUGCUGAUCCAGGUGUGGACGUCCUUCCUGCCAUGGCUGCUCUGUCCUUUGAGCCGGCUCCUGAAGACCGUCUGGAGUGUAGCGCCCUCUCUCAGCCCCCUCCAGCCCCUACAGAACCAGAGGAGGAGACUCCCCAGAGAACCCAGAAUGCACUGGUGGAGAUGGUGAAACCAGAAGAGGAGCCAGACAGAAGUUUCCACAGCAUUCCAUCUCCCGCAGAGCAGAGUUCUGAUGAAGAGCUGGAAUCUGUUCCCGCUGAAACUCCCAGGAAGCCUUCUGUUCUAGAAUCCCCAAGACCAGCCACACCAGUGCAGCGAGCUCCUGCACACCAUCUUCAAACAUCUCCUCCAGUGUCUAUGCUCAAGACGAGACCUGAAAACGCACACGCCAAAAUGUCUGCCGUGAAGAAAAAAGCAGACAUCUUAGACCUGGAGAUGGAAAACCUGGCCGAGCAGUUUGCACAGGCGGUUACCACUACCCCAGAAGACGGCAGGGACGGAGGCGCUGUCUUGGAGCACCUGCUGAGCAGCAUGAUGGAACCCCUCUCUGCCCGGAGACAGCUCCAACGCACCCCAGAGAGUCUAAUUGCAGACGUCCGGACGUCCUGGAGGAAGGCAAUGGAGGAGGGCAUGACGCAGAAGGUGCGUGCCUCCGCAAAGUAUCCUGACAGUUUCACUGGACUCUUCACGCCUUUCUCGGAGGCCAGUAGAACCAAUGUCAACCCGGACGUGUCUUGCCUUAGCGCCACAGAAGCCCCCGUCUCAACCACUAUCCCUCUUAACACCCCUGGGAGCUUCUCUCACCUUUCCACCUUCUCAGCCUCCAAGCCCCGCAGUCCCACUCGGAAACAGAAGGGGGCAGCGGUUCCUUUCUCAAUGUCUUUCGACUCUUUCCACAUGGAGGCUUUGACCAAUCAGAGUUGCAACGAGGAUUUCCAGUUCAGCAUCGCGAAUGAGACCAUUCCGGAGUUGUCCGGCAGCGACAGUCUCCUUGGCAGCAGUGACAGUUUCCUGAGUAACAGCAGUCCGGACCCCUCACAGGAAGAGGUAGAGGACCGACCUGAGGAAGAGGAAGAGGAAGAACUCGUUUUACCCCAAGUCACGUCCCCUCCGGAGGGAGACAAAGUGUCGGCCUUGCUGUCGGCGCGGCAACGGCUCCAGGCCAUCCUUAAAAAGUCCUCUUUCGUCGGCCCCAAGGACCAAGACCUCCUCUCCUUCUCCCCCGCCCCAGGCACCCCUCAUCGGGGCAGCAGAGGGCAGGAGACGGGGAACUCGGAAGCCCCACAGCAUGUCUUCUCCCUGGACUUCGACCAGCUGGAGAGCCCCUCUCCCCCUCGUCAUGGGGACCUCCACCUGCCAAACCUGCUCACCUUCUCUCCCGUGGACCAGCUGUAGCAGAGACUGAGAUGUUGGUUUUGUCAAAUGAAGUUUGUGUAAAUACACAAAUUCAUGUGUUAAUAAGUGGUUGUCUUGAGAUUUUUUUAAUGUAGUUUGUGUCUUCCUUUCUAAUAAUGAACUUUGAACGGCAGCUUAGCCUUUGCUGCCCUAAACCUGUGGAGCUUUUUCUGCUGCCUUUAACGUUUUUGAAAUAAACUAAAAAUAUUUGUUGAA